AUGACUGCAGAGCAAAGCGCUGCGGCCCAGGGCCAGAAGCGCAUCCACAGCCUGGUUGUCGAUACCGGUCCGCUCAUCAAGAACGAGCCAGCCCUGUCCACACUGAUAUCCGAGGCCGAAGAGAUCUACACCAUACCCUCUGUUCUCUCCGAAAUCAAGGAUGAAGCCACUCGCUCCCGAGUCCAGACGACCCUCCUCCCAUUCCUGAAGUUGCGAAACCCAAAGCCCCAGUCGGUCAAGUUUAUUACCGACUUUUCAAGACGAACCGGCGACCUCGAGGUCAUGAGCAAACCUGACAUACACCUAUUGGCGCUCUGCUACGAGUUGGAAAUAGAGCGCAAUGGUGGUGACUGGAGGAUACGAAAUGACCCCACUCAGAAGGGCCUGAACGGCAAGCCUCCAGCACAAGGGGAGCCUGCGCCAGAGAAGCAAGCGCUGCAAGAGGAUGGAGUCGAAUCAAAGUUACAAGAGCUGAGCCUUACGGAGGAGCCAGUACCAGAAGCAGAACAGAAGACCACUGAGACAGCAGCACAAGGCGAGGUGAAGGAACCUGUUGCUGAAACAAGCGAAGAUACUGCGGAGAAAGCUACGAUUGAGGAGAAGACAAUCCCCGAGGAGGGUACUAAGGAGGAGAUUGCCAGCGACCAAGUUCAGCCAGAGGCCGCGCAAGAGGCAGAGGAUCCCGCACAAGGAGCAUCAGACGACGACGACAGCGACGGAUGGAUCACACCGUCUAAUCUGAAGAAACACCAAGCCAAGGAUUCCCAAGUUUCCACACCCUCUGAGGCAAUCGAGACAACCCUGCAAGCCGCGCUUCUCACCUCGGACUUUGCUAUGCAGAACGUGGCCCUGCGGAUAAACCUAUUCCUCGUUUCCCCUUCCAACCUGAGUCGCAUCAAGAAGCUCAAGACAUGGGUGCUGCGCUGCUACGGGUGCUUCAACGUGACGCGGCAGAUGAACAAGCAAUUCUGCCCCAAGUGCGGGCAGGCGACGCUGACGCGGACGAGCUGCAGCACCGACAGCUCGGGCAAGAUGCAGCUGCACCUCAAGCGCAACUUCCAGUACAACAAGCGCGGCAACGUCUACAGCAUCCCCAAGCCGGUGCACGGCACCGCCAACGGCAAGAUGGCCGGCGUGCAGGGCGGCGGCAAGGGCCACUGGGGCAAGGACCUCAUCCUGGCAGAGGACCAGCAGGAGUACCAGCGGAAGGUCGAUGACGACCGCAGGCAGCGCCAGAGGGACCUCAUGGACGAGGAUUACCUGCCGAACUUGGUGACGGGGGAGAGGACUGGUGGGCAUGGGCGGAUCAAGGUUGGUGCGGGCAGGAAUGUCAACGCAAAAAGGAGGCGCUGA